AUUUUCAAUAAAUCGUAUUUUACGAAAUAUAUGUUUUCUUUUCCAUGUCAGUAUAAAAGAUGCAUGAAUGUUCACAAGCAAUUAUUACUCAAUGUAUCGACACAGAAGUGCGAUUAAAGGUUAUUGACAAUGGGCAUUAUAUCGUCUUCCACAAGGAGUAUUGACCAGGAUCAUGCUGAUAUCCAAAGAAUGUUUGCGGCAGCAAAAAUGGGAAAUUGGGGAGACGUUUGGCGAAUUCUAGGGACCCCAGGUCGACCACUAAAACCAUAUCUAAUAAAUCUGGUCCCUGAGGAUAGAAGAUGGGGUUUACUACAACAAGCUGUUUGGUGGAACAAUCUCUCUGCAAUCAGAACUCUCCUUCAGUUUCAAGCAUGUGACAAAGAACUAAAAGCAAAGGAAGGCAUUUCCGAGAAAGGACCAACCAGUGCCAAUACAGCACAGGAAAUAGCUGAUUUGUUUGGAUAUCUAGAGGCAUCAAAGAUCAUUCAGAACCACAUCACUCCUGAAAGUGAGGAAGACAUCGAAACAUACUAUGAUGGGAACAGCGCUAUCGACAAUGAGGAAUAUGGUCUAUUCAGACUAACACUGGCAGCUUACAAAUGCGUUUUUCAUCCUUAUGUUGUCGACAAAACGAAAUCUCUUUCAUCGUUAUUGAAUGAUGUUUUCAAGCAUGUGAAUACAGGUAAAAACUGGGUUGCCGUUAGAGAUAAAGUUGCACAGUCACUCUACCCAGCAUGUAAGGAAGCAAGCGAUGUUGUUAGUCAGUGUUCAAAUAGAUUUGACUUUUACAAAACUAUUGUUAGAGUUUACACCGACGAAGAUACCCAAUUGUAUACUUAUCUAAACACAGCUUUGAGGCGACAGCGAGAAACGGGCUUUAAACCUACAGGAAAUGAUCUAGCACUCGGACCUUAUAUGCUUAUGUUCCAUCUCCUUUUGUUUUGUUGGAGAGAUUUGGUAAGAGAAAAAACGAAAACAUAUCGCAAAAUGAAAAUAUCUGCUCGAGAUCUCGCAAAGUACCAACCAGGAAAGAAAUUUACGUGGUUGUCUUUUGUAUCGUCCUCUGUCAAACAACAAUGUGCUCAGAUUUUCCCAUCCUGUGCACCAAGUGGCAAUAUUGAAGUACAUUUUGUUAUUGACAACUCCUCUGAUUCACAGUUGCAACCCCUCAACAUCGAAAACUUUGCAUGUUACACAGAGAAAGAACGGGUAUACCCAGCAGGAGCACAAUACCUAAUUAAAAGAUAUUCCGUUAAAAAUGGAAUACCGACAAUUCUUCUAAAGCUGUUAGGAAGCGAAUAGAGGCGAUUAUUGUCUAAUUAACAUUAUUUUAUCAACCUGUUGUUGAGAUCUUUUAUGCGCCCAGAUAUUCUUGUUUAUAAGAGUUUAGUUCAUAUCUUUUGUAUUAAAAUAAAAGUAUCUAUCUAUAGUGUGGUACUCAUACAUUUUCCAA